AUGGCCUCAGUGACAAGUCUAGAUAAAGACCUGCGCAAUAUGCGCCUGUCCAAAUACACCCCUCAGGCCGCCAACGAAGUUCGCGACUGGAUCGAGGAGGUUCUCCAUCAAAAGCUACCAUCUGGAGAUCUACUUGAUGCACUCAAAGAUGGUGUCGCGCUAUGCAGAUUAGUGAACCUUGCUGUUUCCCCCGGCGUAAAGUUCAAAGAGUCGUCUAUGCCCUUCGUCCAAAUGGAAAACAUAUCACACUUUCUCCGCGCAUGCCAACUGGCACCUCUGAGCUUACCACCUCAUGACGUUUUCCUCACCGUUGACCUUUACGAACGCAAAGACCCGGCGCAAGUCCUACAGUGUAUUGCUGCAUUUAGCCGUCGUGCCAAUACGAUUCAGCCCAGCAAAUUCCCGCGUCCCAUUGGUGGAGUCAAGAGCAAAGGUGGAUUGAUGAGUCCACAAGGAACAGGUUCUAAUUUCGGGGCUAGCACUAGGUCUCGUGGUACCAGUAAUGUGAGCCAGACGAGUUCAACUACUUUUGACCCAGUCAAUAGGCACAACACGCCUGGGCGUGGUAGCCCGCAUAAGACGGCACAGUCCCCGACAUCGCCACCGCCAACUUUUAGUAGCUGGAGUAAGAAAUCAGACGAAGGAACGACUGCGCCAGCAUGGAAUAUUCACCAGUACGGAUACAUGGGUGGCGCUAGUCAAGGUAACCAAGGAGUCGCUUUCGGAGCUAGACGGCAGAUCACGACACCUAGUCCUGCCGUACCCAGUCUUGCGGAGAAAGAAAAAAGACGCCGUGAAGCCGAAGCAGAAGAAGAACGUCAACGGCAAGAAGAGGAGCUUCGUCGACAGCAAGAAGAGCAGCGGGCUCGGGAAGAAGAGGAGCGUCGUUGGGCCGAAGAAACAGCACGCUUGAGAGAGAAGGAACGGCAGGAGAUCGAGAAUGAGAAAAAGCGAUGGGCUGAAGAGCAGAGUAAGUGGGAGGAAGAGGAACAGCGUCGGUUAAAGGAAGAGAAGGAAGCUGCAGAGAGACUUGAACAGGAACGGGCACGUAAACGAGCGUCUAGUGACGCACGCCUGAACGGCCAAUUCCUCAGCCAGUACCAGGCGACGCAAAAGACGGCGGAAGAGUCAGCAGAAUCCCAGCGCAUCAAACAACUGGAAAGAGAGCUCGAACUGGCUAGGGAGCGCGAGCGACAUUAUGAACAAGAAAGACAAGAUCUCAGAGCCAAGGAAGCAGCACGCAAAGCUCGCUCGCGUAGUCGAAGCCGACCAAGACCCGUCCAACCCAGCUACGAUUUCACCUCUCAAGAAGAAGAAAGGAAACUCCUCCGCUCUGAAUGGAAACAGCAGCAGAAGAACAUCGCUCCUGUUAAGGAACAAGAAGAUACCCCACCAGCUCUACCUUCCCGACCAUUGCCAAAUCCCCUAGAGGCCACCUCUCCACCAUCUCGACCUCUUCCCGACCCCCUCAAAUACAGUGGUGGUAAGGACAGUAGAGUCGACCGCUUCCUCGCCUCCAACCCUGCGCCUGUGCAAUCGAGGCCAGUGGCACACCGACCGCAAGACUACACCACAACCUCCGAAGUGGACGCCGAAAACGAUCGCAGAAUUGCUUCACAAGCAAAAACCAAAGCUGGCGGCUGGGCCUCAAAAUCACUUCUUGAACGCGAAAUGGAGCGCGAGCGCGAACGCCAACGAGAAUGGGAGGAGAACCAAAAACGUACUGCCGAAGCGGCGAAACGUGGUGUUGGAGCUAAUACGGGCAGUGCACCUGGCCAAGGCGCGUGGGAUGUGCAUCAAUAUGGGUAUUUGGGCGGCGAUAGUCAGAAUCGUGGAGGUACUGGACUUGGGGUUUCAGGGCCUCGAAGGCAGAUUAUAGGUCCUCGUCCUCCACCGUAAAUUCCUUGUCGAUAUCAUGUUUUGAAGUUGACUUACAUAUCGUUUUGUUACUUGGUUG